UUGACUGCUUCAAACAAAGGAGAAAUGGUAAAGUAUAUAAAUCGCGGUAGAGCGGGUACAGCGUUUAUUUCUGCGGUUUUGUUACUAUAGUGAUUUGUGCAGUGUUAGUACCAUGACUUUGACAAUCAAAUUGGUGGCAAUAUUCGCUUUUGCAGCUGCUGCAACAGGGUCUCCUCUUACGACGUUUGGAAAACGGACUCCAGCACUACCAACACCAUCCAAAGAACCAGACUCUUACCAGCCCUUCCAAACUCAGUUACCAAUGGAACUAGAAUUACCAAAAGAAGAAGCCAAUCCUGUACCAUUCUACGCUCCUGAACCAUCCACGGAUCUUAAAGCUCCACAAGAAUCUCAAGAACCGGACUAUUAUCAGGUACCAAUACCCAACCAAGAACUCGCGGCACCCAUAGACACCGAGUGGAAUCCCAAUAAUGAUCCUAUUUAUUACUAUGAAGUCCCAGCUAUAAUCAACAACCAGGAAUCGCCUACGAGAGAGUUCCCUAAGAAAUAUAACGAAGAUAUUCACGACAAAAAGAAACCUUUUGCGUCCCAGCCAAAGGUUGAGAUUAUUUUCGAACCGAUCAGCAAGCAGCAGUACGAAGAAAAACAAAUAGAAUUAACCAAAAAACCUACUGCUGGUUUACCUAAAUAUUUGGAUACGGUGACGACAUCUAGUGAUCAAGUUGAAAGUGCCAGUGGAACAUUCGACCACGGUCUAAGUUCACAACUAACUGCUUCUUUGGGUAUUCCUUCAUCGGCUCCCACGCAUGAGGGAGCUUCUCAGGGUGAAAGGCUUGAGUUUCAUAUGGUGGGCCAUGACGGGCCGCUAUCUUAUAAGUGGGGCUAUGAUACUGGCAAAGGGCACAACAGACUAUUUAGAUUCGAAGAGCGAGAUAAGGAAGGGGUGGUAAAAGGUCACUAUGGCUUUUACGACAAAGAGGGGAAGCUGCAAGUAGUCCACUACGAUGCCCACCCGCAUACAGGAUUCCACGUUGCAGAAAAUUCAUAAACAAUGGGAAAAAGUAGUCAAACUUUGAUCAGACUGAAUUAGAAAUUAUCGAUAGAUAAUUUUUAAUUGCAGAAUAUUACUUAUAGAUUUUUUAUUUUUAUGAAAGGGUGGUAUUAAUGUAAGGGCGAAUAAAUAUACACUUUUGAGGAUUUUUGAAGCGAAGCUUCUAUAUUGACGUUGUAUUAAUUUUUCUCUAUAGUUAAAUGCUGAGUGAUCGUCACGAAAUAGUUAAAAGAGUCCAUUUACGCGACGAAGCAAGUCCGUAGUUUCAAUGGAAAAGAAAACAUAAGCCGUGAAAAAAAAUUUGCUGUGAAGCAAGAGUCAGAGGAAACAUCUUAACAGGUACGGCUUCUGAAAUUUAAAAGCAAAAUUAUGAAAACAAUAACAGAGCAAACUGUAACAAAGAAUAAUAAAAAGAACUUCUAAAAUUGAAAAUAAAUUAUACUUGGAAAUCAAUGUCAGAAUGAUACAUUUUGUAUCCUUUGGAUUAUGCUCAACUAACGAUAAAAGGAAAGAUCGAGGGAAAGAGUAAACUAGAAGAGGAAGGAGGGAAGAAAUAUCCGACAUGGGCCAAAUUUUGGACAGUCAAUAAGAACAGCUGGAGACAGAGAACAGUUUGCAAUUGUAGCAACUAAUCUCCAUAGAGAGGAUACUUUAAGAAGAAAAUCCUUUGGAGGCUUUUUUAGUGUCUGGAUGUAUAAAGAAAACUGUUUUUUUUCUCUAAAGGUUAGCUCUAAAUUCUUUGGUUUGAUGUCAUUAGCUUUAUUCUUUAUUUUGUAGACGCUAUUCUUCACCGAUUUUAUAAAAAAAAACUGUCUUCCUGUGCUCUUACCACAUGACCUAUCCAUAUUAUCCGGUUAGCUUUUAUAUAAUGUCUGACGAUGUUUUUAGUACCAUACAGUCACCAAUACAUACAGUCACCAAUUCGUCUCUUUGAGGGCCAAAUAUCAUUCUGAGAACCUUCCAUUCAAAUACCCUCAGCCUAUUUAUUGGCCGAAUAUUUUAGAUGUGGUCUUAAUUUAGAUUUACAAGGAUAUACAAGGAGUAUAACGCUUUAUUCCCCGCAGAUAUCCUUGCUAAGACUUCUUUGUCUAUAUGGUUGUCAUCUGUAAUUACCGGAUUCAGAUAUUUAAACUUUUUUGCUACUUCUAAGUUGUGGUCAUUAAUAAUUAUGUUUUGCCUAUCUCUUGGUCUUGGAUUUUUGGUUACUAACGUGUACAUAUUUCGUCUUACUUCAUUUAUUCGAAGACCCAGACUACCUGUUUCCUCAUCGAGUUGUAAAAACACCUCUCACGUCUCUUGUUGAAUGGACGACGCUGCAUCUAGAUCAUCAGCAAAGGCUAAUAAUAAUUUUGAUCCUCAGCUCAGACGAUAUUUUACUUAUUGCACAUUCUAAGGCCAGAUUGAAUAGCAACGGUGAUAAGGGGUCUCCUUGUCUGAGUCCUAAUAUUAUACUAAAUGGCAUCGAUGUUCUGUUUCCCAUAUUUAACUGUUCAUAUGAGUAUGUCACGCAGGACAGAACAACAUAUAAGUGUUAAUUAAUUAUAAAUUAAAUGAUCCUGGAUACUACACUGAACAAUUGAAUUUUAUAAUAAUUCAUGUUAUAUCAAUGACAUUAUAUAUUAUGCAUUUUAGUCCCCUGUGUAUUCGUAUUCGCCUUUACUUUUAUCAAUAAAUAUUUUUUUACAUACAUGUGAUAUUUACACUUUUAUAUGUACCUACUUUUUGUCAUUCGCUGUUAUUUUCUCUCUAGCUCUUUAGAUUCUUAGUAAUUUUAAUGUUUUACUAAUAUGAGCCAUGUUUUUUUACUAUGUUUUGCACCAAGGAAUGUAGCAUUGCUUCGAUUUGGAAUGCACACAUUGUUUAGUCUAUUAUUAUUAUUAUUGUUAUCAGUACCUUUAUGCAAUUACCUACUAGUUUUUUAGCACAGCUUUAUCUAACUUAAUGUAUAUUAGUACUUAAAUCCUGAGAAAUUUAUAUGCUAUAUAAAAAUGGUGGAUUUUUCGUCAAUUUGUCAUAUGUAGAAGAGCAUAACUUUGUUGACAUAUAAAAAUGUUGCAUUUUCUUGUAAUUUGCUGAUAUUUUAUGAAUUAUAAUACUAAAUAACAAUGGAAAAUAUAAAUUCUAAAUAUUUUCACCUUCCUCCAGCUUAUACAGAAAUUUUUUAUUAUAAAAUUGUAAAAAUACAAUUUUAUGGGGGUUUGAAAUGCACAUAUUGAGUAUACUCUCCCUGAACAUCAAUGCACUGGUUGCAAUGAGAUUCCAAUUUAUGAAUUCCCUCCCUGAAUUGAGAAUCUCGAAGACCUGCAAAAUACAAUUCCACAGCUGUUAUGACUUCAUUAUUUGAUGAUGAAAAAGGCUUUCCACCCACGAAUUUUUUAGUUAGUGGUCGCUAGGGACAAAAUCUGGUGAAUAGGGUGGAUGUUCUCCCAAAAUAAAGUCAGCAUGAAUUUUAUGUAUAAACAAAGUCGCGAAAAUAUGCCUUAAACGUAUGACGCAAUAUUGUUAUUUAUGUGGUUGACGAAAAAUGUUUCCUAAACUAGAUGUCCUUAAAACAAAAACAUUACAACACUUGUUAAAGAGUCAUCUUUGACCAAGCAAUAAAAUGCUCAAAUCAAUCGAUUUUAUUUAUUCAAUGUUAUACAUUGACUGUAUUUAAAUAGGCAGAUGUGUUAUACAGAAUGCUAGAUUUACGACAUUUUUGUUUAGGUAUAACAUUAUUAAGUUGGCAAAGAUAUUAUUUAUAUUUGGUAUUUUCGUUAAUUUCGCUUUUAAUAUCAAACAGUAUGGCCAACUGCAGGUUUCGCCAACAUAAAUACACCGUCAUUUAAUAAAACCCAGUUAAAAAAUUAUCUACAGGUUAUUAUUAAUCAUCGUCAGAAUAUAGCAUUUUGUAUGAUCAAUACUAUAAUUAUAAAUGUAUGUGAUUUAUUGUUAUUCCGUUAACGUUAAUGUUUUAUGCAUAAAAAAUAAAAAAACAAUAAUAAAA